AUGAUGCACUGGUUUGUCUAUGUUGUGAUGCGCGCGCGUUUGGUUUUCUCACGUCCCCAAAACAACAUGUCGUCCUCUGAUCCUGUAAUGACUUCUUCCAGUACCAUCAUUUCUUCCGAAAAUAAAUUAGCUGCCCUUUCUCAAACACAGCCGGAGAAGCCUUUCCAUUACACGUAGGUGUAUUUGUGAUUUUCUAUGUUUUGCGAACGUUUUUACGUGUUGUCAUAAUUUUUUUCCUUUCGAAUCGUCCAGGUACCUGAAGGAGUUUCGGGUCGAGCAAUGUCCACUAUUUCUACAGCACAAGUGUACAGCUCACAGACCCUUCACCUGUUUUCACUGGCACUUCAUGAAUCAAAGAAGGAGGAGACCGAAAAAGAAAAGGGAUGGCACCUUCAAUUAUAGUCCUGAUGUUUACUGCACUCAGUACGAUGAAACGUCAGGGAUUUGCCCGUCCGGAGAUGAGUACGUACCAGGGAUUUUUGCUUGCAUCUGCCUCGUUUAUUUACGGACUGGAGGCCUUAUACUGUUUAUUUUUGGUACGGGUGAUGAAUUGCUGACUUAAAGUCCUUUUCUCUUUCAGCUGUCCCUAUUUACACCGCGUAGCUGGCGAUGUGGAACGUCGAUACCAUCUUCGUUACUAUAAAACUGCAACCUGUGUUCAUGAGACCGAUACUCGAGGAUAUUGUGUAAAAAAUGGCCCACACUGCGCGUUCGCUCAUGGACCACUCGAUCUGAGACAACCAGUGUAUGAUAUACGAGAAUUACAAGCCAUCGAGAAGGAGGAAACUGAAGUAGGUCAGGCAGGGAUAGAGAAUAACAAAGCAGUUCUAGAAGAUCCCCGCUGGCAAGGUUUGUGUAGUACUGUACGUUGCUCUAAAUGUACACAGUGCUAUCUUCAUUUAAACUUUCAUGGUGAUUUGGUCGCAACCGUAAAGUAUACAGUCGUUGUCAUUUCGCGUUGUUAUGCAUUUAAAGGUAACAAAUGACCGUAACCUUCGAGGCCCUAUGAUACGACCUCGAAACAGAGAUAAGAAUUCAAUUGCGUUGGAGUUUACUAUAUUUUCGCCUUAUAUUCGCAUUGAAAACAAAAUCUUCGAACGUCUCACCGUUAGAACCUCAUUUUCGUUGAAAAAUAUGGCGAUUAAUUCGUUUCCUUGAUGUUAAUAAACGCUAAUGUGAUGAGAGAUUUCUCUUCCGUUUAACAAAGUUGUGGUUCUUACAGAGUUAUUCAUUAUUUAUGGAUUCUUCUAUUGUCUUUACGGUUAAAAUCUGAUCGCAGUUAAUCUUUAAUCUUUUCCACUUUGUUCGUGGAUGAGGAAUUUCCAGUGUAACAUCGUUUACUGUCAAGUAUUUGUGCUUUCCCUGGUUAAUUGUAUACCAUAAUUUGUGUCCUGUCGGAAGCUGGUGUUUUCCUUCUCAAAGUAGUAGCUGUCCUUUGUGAUGAAAAUUGAGCUGUGUGCAAGGUAAUUAUUUAUCAGUGUCUCAGUGAAAUAGUGGUAAACAGUAAAUUUAUCUCAGCCUUUUGAACAUAUACAAAAGGCAACAAGCUGUUGAUAGAAUAUUAUCUGAUAUUUCUUAGAUACCAACUAUGUUUUAUCAAGUUACAAGACUGAACCAUGCAAAAAGCCACCAAGACUUUGCAGACAAGGCUAUGCUUGCCCUCACUAUCACAAUAGCAGGGAUAGGCGACGCAGUCCAAGGAAAUUUAGAUACAGGUAUUGUACUAGUGUCCUCAAGGCCAGCUUAUGUAUGCAUACAAUGCCAAUGCAAAAACAAAUGCUGGUUGUUGAAAUUAAAAAAUGCAAGCAAAGGAAAGUGAAAAAUGUUUCAAUUUUUCACCUUUGCUCUGGAAAACACACAUGCAAGGACAGAUCUAUGUUGUUCCAUUAAAUAUCCAUGCUCCCACCUUGAAGGGGUUUUAAGUUUUAAUCUCUCUCUUCCUUCUAGACAUACUUCUUGUGCUUCAUAUUUUCCUUAGAAAAAUUUGCUGUAAAUGAAAUUUAAAUACAUGCAAAUAGCCAAAAUUGAAAUUUUCUAGGAAGACAUUUUUGCAUUGUCACUAACCUGGAACACAUUCAAAAUAAAUGCAUGCAACUUGAGCGGUACAUUGUUUGUUUUAUUUUUCCUGAUACUUGACCAAGUUUCUUUAAGUGUGAUUUUCAGAUUUAAAAUUGGUCUUUUUUUUCAUCACCAGUGCCAAAUGUAAUUUUUUUUCAGUUAUUGAGAGGUAGCCAUAAAAGCAAAAAUUAUAAAUUUUUUAAUUGGCCAUUGGUUUGGUUUCCCCAUUUCUCAAAGUUGUCUUAAUCAACCAUUAAUGCCAUGAACGUACUCUGUUCUGUCAUUAAAUCAUACUAAAUUGUUAGAAAACAAAAGUUCUGGCAAAACAUGAAAUUUAGUCAGUUUUUUCUCUCGACUCUUGAGUAAGUUUUAACAAGGAAUUUGAUACGAGAUAGAAUGGUGUGGAUUGUGUCUGAGCAACACAACUUUCAAGAAUUUGAACCCAGUCCUUUGAAGGCAUGUAGGUGCUUGUUUUAAGCCACUUAAAGCAUGCCUUUGAGAGAGACACAUCUUGUCUUGUUUCCUGUUUCCUCUUAAUGAGCACUUGUCAUAAUAUUUUCCAAGAAAAAUUGAGAUACUUAUAAAUUAUCUCAAAAUGUGAGAGAAAGUACUAUUUUUGUAAUUCUGAUUAAAGACGAGUGAAGCUUUGUAGUUUUUCAAUUACAAAACAUGCUGUAUUUCAAGUUAAUUUUCAGUUUGGAUCAUCACUUUGAAUAUUGCAACAACAUUUAUUAUAAGUGCAAGCAAAUUUACAACACAGAGCAGCCUUGCUGCUAAGCUUUAACCGAUAAGGACAUAAACAUCUGUUUGUCCAACCAAUAUAAAGUAAUAUAAAGUAUGUAUUUGACUUUCUAAGACUCAACUAAUAUUUUGCUGUCUUUCACUUGGUGUAAUUAUUUGUUCACUUGAAGACUGCUGACAUAGAACUAGUCCACAGGUAGAAAACAAACUUUCAAAAUGCUUCUGAAGUGGUUUGUUUUGUGCUAGGAGAGUGAUAUCAUUAAGUUGGAAAGUGGGAUAAUUUUGCUCUUGAUAUUGCAUGUAGUCUCUUUUUCAAAUAUUAUGAAUACAAUGGUCUCUCUCUGUCUCUCAGUAUUCAUGUAUUUUGAAGCAGCUAUUAUUUAGACCAGUAUAACCAUUAACAGACCAGUUUAUUUCUUUCAUUUGAUUUGAUUUCAAGAUCAACUCCUUGUCCUCAUGUGAAGCAUGGUGAUGAAUGGGGAGAGCCAACAAAUUGUGAUAGUGGAGAUGGUUGCCCUUAUUGUCACACAAGAACAGAACAACAAUUUCACCCAGAGGUGUGUUGUAACAUUAUUGUUAAUAAAUCUUUGAAAGUUUCCUGGAUUGACUAGUGAAGAGUGUUGAAUGAUGUAGUUAAGGUCUGCACUGAUAGUCAUUAAAGAUGCAACUGAUUUCAAGAAUGAAUGAAAGUUACUUUCAGUUGUUUGUGCUAUUGUGGCUUGUAAAUUGAAAAGAUUGUCAGAUGUUAUGCCUGACAAUAAUUUUUCUUGCUCAGGUAAGAUGACGGUGUCUUUUAAGAUUAGUAAGACUUGAUGAAAUUAGGUAUAAUUAAAAAAAUCAACAAGCGCUCUUGUCUCGCUGAACUGAUGACAGAUUUUUUCACAAAAUGAACAUUAAACUUUCCUGGCAUGCAUUAUGUUCGCCUUGUCAGCACAGAGGUGGCUAAUUACAUAAUAUAUAAGAAAGUCAUUUAUUUUAUGAUAUUUGUGACAGAUUUACAAGUCAACAAAAUGUAAUGAUAUGCAACAGACAGGCUAUUGUCCCAGAGGACCUUUCUGUGCAUUUGCACAUGUAGACCGUAAGUAUUUGGACCUGACUUAGGCUUGACAUGCGCUUUCUUUUCUUUUUUAAUUCUCACAAAAAUGACCAAUGAGUCACUUUUAAAUGUCAUCUACUUUAGUUUUCAACACCAGACAUUUACUUUUAUUUUAAAUCAUCAUGAGAUAAUCAUCUGAUUUAAAUAAACAGGUCACAUGUUGAAACAGUUUGUAACAGCUUAUUGGUUUGGCUCAAUUGUCUAUUGGCAGGCAAUAUUUAAUUUGAAAUGUUCUCUCACAAUGCACUUGAAUUGUUUUCUCACAAGGUUAUCUAGAAGUCUUUUUUUAAAAUCGCUAUGUAAUAUUUUUGUCUUUUUUUUUUUGGUCUUGCAUUUACAGCAAACAAGAUUAAACAAACUUAAUAAAAAAGGUUAAGUUUAAAUGAUUUGUUUGUCCACAGAGGAUACUGUUACCACUAAAGAAGCAAAUGGGGAGCAAGGUUUUAGUCAGGUACUAAAUACUGAUCAUAAAAUGCAAAAAAAGUUUUACAGUGUAGGGUCAUCUUGUUUCCUCUUUAUGGAAUACAAUUACUUGUAAACCAUUGUUACCCCAAUGGUUUACUCAUAGUUGGAGAAUACACAUCAAGAGAUAUAGGAUUAAGCCUUUGCACUUGAUGGUUGUCAAAGUUUUAUGUUCUUUAUGGUAAUUUUGUUACAUACAUUAGUUAAAUUUAUCAGUAAGUAUCUGCAAACUGUCAAGGGAAAUUUAAAAAGUGAUUGAGUAACCUGUGAUAGACUAGAGUCAAGGAAGCAGUGAGACUCCCAUUUGCUUUGUGCUAUGGAAAUGUAGAAAAACUAUGUUUUUUGUGGGCUAUUUAGCACAUCUGCAAACUUAGUGUACCUGAUUUGCAUAAGUUUGGUGGCUACUGGUUAGAAAAUAAUGCUUUGGUAAGUAACAGUAUCCUGUUCAUGAUUACUUCACAGUUUUAUUCAAUGCCUCCAUCACCAUUAAGUCCUGUUGAUAAUGGAGUUGGAUUUAUAGCAAGUUUAUCACAGACUAUCAGCAAACCUACACGAUCCAUGUCAACAUCAUCAGGAGGGUCGUACUCUAGUGAACCAUCCACUCCUUGUAGUUUAUAUCCUAAAGCUCCUGGUUCAGAACGUUCUGAGCGAAGUGGAAGUAGAGAAGAUGAACAUCAGGCUAGUAGAAAAACUGUAAAUAAUAAUGUUUAGUGCCUUUUGCUAAUUUCCAUUAUAGGUGAUGAUUAAAAUCCUCAUGUAACCUUUUUUCUUUUUUAUGUAACAAUGUAAUACUCUCUCCCUAGGCAUUCAUAAGAAAACAACUGUUAUCAAUCGAAAAUGACCCUACUUUAGAUGACAUAGAGAAAGCCCGAAGGAAGCAGGUAUGCACUUAAAGUUCUUUCUAGGUCAGUUUUGCUUUCAAAUGGAAUCAAAGCAAACUUUAUGAACUUUGCCUUUUAUUUGUGAAAUGUUGUGAACUGGGUGUAUAUUAAUGAUAUAAACACAUGCUAAUAUGAAAAUUUUUUUAUGGUAUGACCACUAAUCAUCAUGUAGAUAAGGGCAUCCUUGUGUUAUUGGAAUAAACAUGUGCACUGCAGAUUACAACUUUUCUCUCUUUCAGAAUGUAGUUAGUACAAGACAUUCCUUCUCUAUGGCCAGUUCUGCCUCAUCCAAUUUGUCAUCAGUAUCAGCCAGUGCACCACCCUUCUACCCUGCUGCUGACACUGUGGAGUCUGUGGUGGAGAGUGCCCUUGAUGACCUUAAUCUAGAUGACUUUGAUGUUACUGAAUUAGAGAAAGAGCUCAACAAUGCUUCACCAGUGUCAUCAACAAUAGGAGAUUCUCUGUCAGCACUUAACAUAAAUCCAAUGUGCUCAGCACCUGUUACCAUACCUGGGGCUGAUACAGGCCCAGGCUCACCCCAACCAUUCACUCAAUCACCCACUUCACCAUUAGGACAGUUUUCCUCAUCUUAUGGUUCCACCUCACAGUUAAUAUCAGGACAAAAGGUACUUGCAUUUAACAGUCUAUAGCAAAAAAAUAUAGCUAAGAAAAGAUGAAAAGAAAGUAAAGCCUCAAAAAAGUUUAGAAAAGGGCUAUACUCCAGGUAACUUUUGCAGAUGCGUUGGACCUGGUUUUAAGAGCUGUUUCCACUCUUUAAGAGGAGAAGGGUGCUUUUUUUCUGUUUAGCACAAAAUGUUGUUUGUAUCGGAUACAAUUUGAAUUAAUUAUGUUUCUUUAACAAGGCUGUUUAGUCUCUCUGAUAGUGUUUACGGGAAUUCAUUAUGUAAGAGUGACAAAAUGAUCAUGGGAAAGUUAAAAAGUAUUCCAACAGGACUCCAGUCAUUCAUAUUACACUGUGACUGGGUAAAACUAGGAUAGAAAAUAAUAUUGAAAUUUGCCUAGAAAACACAUUCAGGUCACCAUUGCUGUUGACAUAAAGUCUUGUAAACUUAUUUACUGUCACAAUGGAAUUUGAGUGACUUGGAUUUAUAUGAUGCAUGUUGUGGUAAUAUUUCAUUUAACUUGGUACUCAUUGGGAUGAAGUCUUCAAAUAUGCACAGCAGGUCCUAGAUAAAUGCAAUUCUGUUGAUGCUGUAAUUUGAUGUGUUAUUUUUCUUUUGCACAGGGCUGUAAUCCUUACCGUGCCAGUCCAUUAGUAAGGGGUAGUAGUCUACAUUCCUCUGUUUUGGAUCCACUUACAGCUCAGCUCCACUCACCCAAAUCAAUAGGCUCUCCCCAGCUAUCAUCACCUCUGGGUCUCAGUAACAGUUCAAGUGAAAUUCAGCGACUUAGUGAAGAUCUCAUGGCUGCCAGAACCAAGCUGGCUUCAUGGGAAGAGUCCUGGGCUCAAGCAAAGCAGGCUUGUGAUGCCUGGAAGAAGGAGGCAGAAGAAUCAGCAAAAAAGGCAAAGGAAGCCGAGCAAGGAAAAGUAGAAGCCAUUAUGAAAAAGGAAGAGGUAAAUUAAUUUGAACAGAAGUGGUAUUUAGAAUAUCCACCAAGAAUUUGUUGUUAGUAUUUAGGAAAAAAGUCCAUGAUUUCCUAAUUUGAAACUUAACUUUUAAAUGUUAGUUAAACUUGCCCAUCCCUCUUGGAAUGUCUAUGAUGGGUAACUGGACAUUUCGCACAAAAGACUUUUCACUCAAGUCUUUUAGCACAAGUUUUGGACUGUUCGCACAGUUCUUAGUGGUCAUUUUGCACAAUAAUCAUAAGUGAAAAACAUCAAUAUAAGGUAUACUGAUUGAUACUGAUGAGACAUUUUACCUUCACAUGAUCCAACGGCGAGAACUUAGACAUUUAUUUACGUAUUAACUUCAACUAGAUCAAAAUGCUGGUGAACACGAUCACUAUUCUUUCUUGAAGAAAGGAAAGGUACAAAUCUCUCUCCAUGAAAAUGUAAAGAACUCACUAUUCGAUCAACUACUUCUAUGUUUUCUUUGUUGAAUGAAAAACCUUUUAGUUUUGACAGUAUCAUCCACUGCAAAGUUAACAUGCAAACAUGACAACCCACGCUAAGGACACCAUGUUGAUUUCGAAAGUAAUUGUCACCAGUCUUCCCUCCUUGUUUGAUCGCCUUCAAAUAGCAUGUUUUAUCGAUCUGUAAGAGUUUCAAAUAAAGCUAUUGAAAACUUGCUCCCUAUAUCUUCAUUAUAUAAUGAAAAUUAGGCAUACUGGUAAUACGUACAGCAAAAACAGUUCAACAUUAAUAACUCGAUAUUCAGAGAGUGAUUCAGAUCAAAUGUCGGCACGUGCAAGUGUUGUGAUUUGACAACUUGAAUGUGUCAGCGUAGGUAGUAACUAGUGAUCUUGUAGAAAGGCAAGUUUGAUCUGUAAUAAUUUUAAAGAUCAUAAAGUUUAAUACAUCUAUCAAGUAGUAACCUUUCAAAUUAUUCUAAUAACAAUUACCUGAGCAAUGGAGAGUUCAGUAUUGAUCGAUAAGCGUCAUAGCAACCAUGAUGUAAACAAAUGAUUUCAUGAAAGUUUCAAGAAUUCAAAAUAAUUCAAAGAUUAUAUGCUAGCCGUUCAAUAAGUAAUCAUACAAGCUUAAGAUCAAAACAAAUAAAGAAAUUUAGAUGUACUAUAGCUUAAAUGAAUGUAGGAAAGGGCUAAAUUUCUACGAGUCUUGACCAAGUAGCGAGUUAAAAUAUGCACAAUUCCUUGGCUAACAUGGCCGUGAACUUGAAUUUUAUAUAUUUACACAGAAAUUUUGUAGAUAGGUCAUUUCUCCUUUUAAAUAAAAAGUGAAACAGUUUGCAGGUUUUUACUUUGACUUCAGAGGAGGGCGGAUUGGUGACAAUUACUUUCGAAAUCAACAUGGCGUCCUUAGCAUUGGGUCGUCAUGUUCGUUUGUUUGUAGUGGAUGAUCUACUGUCAAAACUAAAAGGUUUUUUGUUUAACAAAGGAAAAGUAAAAGAAGUAAUCGUUUGAAUAGGGAGCUCUUUACAUUUUCAUAGAGAGAAAGAUUUGUUCCUUUCUUCAAGUAAGAAUAGUGAUCAUGUUCACAAGCAUUUCGAUCUAGUUGAAGUUAUUACAUAAAUGUCUACGUUCUUGCCAUUGGAUUUAUUGAAAGUGAUAUGUGAAGGUGAAAUGUCUUAUCAGUAUCAAUUAGUAUACCUUUUGUAUUGAUGUUUCUCACUUGAAAUUAUUGUGCGAAAUGACCACUAAGAAUUGUGCGAACAGUCCAAAACUUGUGCUAAAAGACUUGUGCAAAAAGUCUUUUUUGCAAAAUGUCCUGUAUUCCUAUGAUGUCAUCUGGGGUGCUACUUAGUAUAUACUGCAACCACUCAAUAAUCCACCCUAGUGUGCUUGAUAUAUCCAUUUUUGGCCUGAACUCCAAAUAAUUUCAUAAUUUAGAGUGCGAGAUCAAAUUUUUGAAAAAAGUUUUGACAAUUUUUUUUUCUUUUUUUUGGGGAGGGGGGCCCAAUAAUUUUUACACCAUGAUAUUAUGAUUUUAAAAAUCUGAUAAAAGAAACUUUUUUUUUUACUUUAAUAAGAAUAGUAACAAGCUGGUAGUUACAUUUUAAUUGUAUGUUGAUUUUCCUUUUUCUUAGAUUGAAUCUCAAGUGGUAAGCUUGAGAAAAGAAAUGGAAGAAAUUAAAGGUGGCCCCCAUCUUCACACUCUCAACACAGUGGAUGAUGUAGGGGAGUUACCUCUGUUAGAAAUGAGACAGAUUCAUCGACAGCUCAGUUCAGAUUUAGAAAAAUUAAAUCAGGUGGGUAGUGAUAUCAAUAAUGUUUAUGUUGUGACCAUAUUACAUUUAGCCAGUAUGAUUUGUAGUUUAAUUCCUAAUCAUUGUUUAAGACAACAGGAAAAAAUGGGUGAAAUACAAGUGUGAGUUAUUUAAUGUCAAAUGAACAUUCCCAUUGUCUGCAUAUUAACUGAAAGAGAAAAUUUAAAGGAGUACUUGAGUUGAUCUGUCAGCAUGUGUUUACACUUUUAGAAGUCAAACUCAAAUCCCAAUGCCUUUACCUGUGAUAACUCCAUGAAAUUGUUUUAAAUGAACUACUGGCAUAUGUACUCUUAGUGGAAAGUUGGAGCAGAAUUUUUAACAGAGCUUGUUUAUUUCCCUUUGCAGGUGAUGUAUAGAAAAGUAGCUUUAAUUUGUAGUCUUUGUGAGGAACAACAGAGAUGCAUAAUGACAGCACCGUGUUCGCAUUGUACGAUGUGUGAGGCAUGUGCUUCACAAAGAUUGGAAUGCCCAGUGUGUCUUGUUCAAAUCACACAAAAAACUUUGAUAAAUAUACCCAUUUGAGGACGUAAUAUAUUGCAGUUAGGCAGUGUUUAGCCUGUUUUCAAUUAUUCCCUUUUAGGACUUGAUAUGAUGUUUAGAAAUCUAUGAAUUUAGCUUUUAAGGUAUAAUUAUUAAUGCAUAUAUUAUUCAAAGAAUAUUUCUUAGGGAUUAUGAAUGCUUGUUUCAUUUCAAAUUAUUAUUAUUAUUAUUAUUAUUAAUAAUAUUAUUUCCUUUUCGGUAAUGAAUUUAUUUUGAACUUGGAGGUCCAAACAUUUCGUGCUGGGUGUACAUUUAGUGUAUUUAUCAGCACUUCUUAUUCUAAGAAUUGCAGAGUAAAUGUCAAAAGAUAUGUUGUCCAUUACAAGACAGUCUGAGAGAGAGGAAUUAAAAACAGCUGUCAUUUCAAAACUUGAUAGUAGUUUUGGGAAUCAAGCCUUCUGUAAAAUUUCUUCUUACUCCACCUUCUCCCUCAGUUUCUUUGUUGAAUUACCAAAGCAAUUUUGAGUUGAGUAUGGAAAACUAUCCAGGGUUUAACCCUUUACAUCAGUAUAAAUUUUCUCCAUACUGUUCUCUAUGUAUUUCCUAUGGUGCUGACAAAGAGGAUUUGUUUAACAAUCAAGGGCCUCUAUAGUUGGCAAUCAUUUUCUUAUAUUCUCAUGAUCUCGAUGUUUAAUUUGGCAGUGAUACUGACAGGAGAAAAUAGUUACUAAUCACUCUAUGUAUUUCCUAUGGUGCUGACAAAGAGGAUUUGUUUAACAAUCAAGGGCCUCUAUAGUUGGCAAUCAUUUUCUUAUAUUCUCAUGAUCUCGAUGUUUAAUUUGGCAGUGAUACUGACAGGAGAAAAUAGUUACUAAUCACUCUUAGGGGUUAAAGGGUUAAACGUUGGUAUUGCUUCACUUUUGCAUCGGGAUGGCCUUUAAAAAAGUUUGCCAUCCUCUCAAUCAAGAUGUAGAAAGGAAAGUAAACAGCACGUGUCCAUUUACGUUUUUCUUUACUGAAACACUGCCUG